GUUCUUCACAGAAUAGGUGGCCCGCAGCUAUGUCUCUUAAUGAGAUAUGCUCAAAACAUUGAAUUUAUUUAAUAUCUUGCAGUAUCAGAACAACCUUGAAUAUGAUUUUUUGAAGAUAACGUGUUCGUUGAUGAGACAGCUGUAUUUUCAUCCACUGUACUGCUUUUAAAUAACGCAAUGCACCAUGGAAGUGGAUCACAGAAUGUGCAGCGUCAAGUUCAGAGAUCCAAGUCUGAAGCGGAAGACCAGCAGCAGAACCUGGCAACCCAGCAGCAAGCAACAGUCAACCACCCUCAAUCCCCUGUGACCACCAUCACCUCUGCAGCCAGUCCCUCAGCCCCACAGUCCCCCAACUACCAGAUAAUCAUGAGCCGAAGCCCCGUGACAGGGCAGAACAUGAACAUCACCUUACAGAACGUGGGUCAAAUGGUCACAGGCAACCAACAGAUCACUCUGACCCCUGUGCCCAUCCAGAACCCCACCUCUCCUGGCUUUCAGCACACAACCCAACAGUGGAGGUUUGAACAUGCCACAUCUCCUUUAAUCCAGGUCACCUCACCCCUGCCCCAACCCAUGCAACCCCAAAGCCCCACCCAGCAAAGCCCGGGCCCCCUCCAGGGGGUGCAACGGCCAGGGGCCCCAGGAACAGGUUUGGGCGUGUGCGGACAGAGUCCAACCAGAUUCGUCGACCCUGGCAUGUUGAUGAGACAAAUGAGUCUAGGGAGCCCGACUGUAGGGAGUCAUUUUGUUUACCAAGAUGGCACAGGACUGACCCAGAUUACACCCGGCGCUGCCGGCCAGGCCCAGCUGGCCUCCCCCGGCGUCCCAGGCUCUGUGCGGGAGCGAAGGCUGUCCCAGCCUCACUCGCAGACCGGAGGCACCAUCCAUCACCUGGGGCCGCAGAGUCCGGUGGCCAGCGGCACGUCUCUGCCCACGCUGGGAAGCCCGGGACACAUCACCACGUCUAACCUACCUCCUCAGAUCAGCAGUAUCAUCCAGGGGCAGCUGGCGCGCCCCAUGAUCUACGAGAAGAUGGCCCAAGGCGGGGGUGCUGGGAUCGGAGCAGCCGCUAAUGCCACCUUCAGCAUGCCCUCCUCCAUUACCCCGUCCAGCCCGUCUCUCACCAACCCUUCCCAAGGGAUCCCCAACACCCCUCUCAGCCCUACCGGCAUGUCCAUGGGCUCCGUCAAGAAGCAAACGCCCAAAAAGCUGGAAGAAAUAGCCCCCUCGAGCCCCGAAGUAGCCCAGCUGAGGAAGCAAUGCCUGGAGCACCACGCCAAGAAGAUGGAGGGGCUGAAGGAGGUGUUCAAAGACUACCUGAUCGAGCUGUUCUUCCUUCAGCACCUCCAGGGGAACAUGAUGGACUUUUUGGCCUUCAAGAAGAAGCCUUCCGUGCCGCUCUUCACUUAUCUGAGGCAGAACGACUUGGACCUUGAGGAUGAGGAGGAAGAGGAGGAGCAGUCUGAGGUCAUUAAUGACGAGGUCAAGGUUGUCACCGGGAAGGAUGGACAGGCGGGAACGCCGGUCGCCAUAGCGACGCAGCUCCCGCCCAACGUGUCGGCGGCGUUCUCUACCCAGCAGCAGUUGCAGGGUCACCCCGGAGGAGCCUCCGGAACCUUGACCAACCCUGGCGACUUGGAGGCUUUUAAGAGGCAGCAGGCCAUGGCACAAGCAGGUGGGAUGCCUCCAAACCCCCAGGCGGUCCAGAUCCCUGGGCAGAAGCAGACCCAGCAGCAGUACGACCCGUCCAAAGGGCCUCCGGUGCAGAACGCCGCCAGCCUGCACACCCCUCCCCCCCAACUGCCAGGCCGCAUGCCCCAGGGCAUCCUCCCCAUGGGGGGUCUGCCCCUGGCACUCUCCCAGCAGUCCCAGCUGCUGGAUAACCCCGCCCAGGCGGCCGCCCAGGUCAAGGUGCAGGGGACCGUGGGCGCUCCCGUGAACCCCCACGCCCAGCUCCAGGCCCAGCUCCAGCAGCAGAUGCAGUCGGCCCUCCACCCGCAGCUGCAGUCUGGGCAGCUGCAACAGGCCCAGCCCAUGAUGCAGACCGUGGCGCUGGCGCGUCCCGGAGCAGACUCGCUUCAAGCCGGUCAGAGAAUGAUGAACAACUCCCUCUCCAUCUCCUCGCUGUCCCCCUCCACCCUGGGGGCCACCAACCCCCUCCUGUCCCCCCACACGGCGGGCCCCCUGCGCACCCCCGGCUCCAGCAUCAGCCCGGCCACGCAGUCCAAGCUGGCGGGGCCCAACGGCACUUCAGCUGUGAAACUGGGGGGCUUCGGCCAGGGCUCAGGCAUGCAGUCCUCCCAGGAGAACUCCCAGGAUAAACAGGUGGAGCAGGCCAAACUGGAGUCCCAGGUGCACCAGCGCAUCUCCGAGCUGAGGAAGGAGGGCCAGUGGUCGGCCAGCAGGCUGCCCAAGCUCAUGGAGGCUUCGCGGCCCAAGUCCCACUGGGACUACCUGCUGGAGGAGAUGCGCUGGAUGGCUGCAGACUUCGCUCAGGAGAGGAGGUGGAAGGAGGCUGCUGCUAAAAAGCUGGUUCGUACUUGUGCCCGUUACCAUGACGAGCAGAAGAAGAUGGAGGAGAGGUCCAAGAAGGAGGAGGAGUCCCAGCUUCGUCAGAUCGCCAGCAGCAUAGCCCGGGAGGUGGACCUGUUCUGGUCCAACAUUGAGCAGGUCGUCGAAAUUAAACUCCAGUUUGAGAUUUAUAACAAAAGACUGAAAACACUGAGCUUACAGAGAGCUUCAUGCAAGGGACAGGGUGCUCUGACGACAGCUGAGAAUGCAGAAAAAGAGCAGGAACCCAGCGUCUCAACCAGGAAGAGAAAAUCCAGCACGUCAUUGGCUGAAGAAGAACCUCUGGAUGAGGAGAGCACCAUAGCAGAGCAGGAGGCCAUGGAGGUGGAAGCCGACCAGAAGAAGGAGCUGGCAGAACUGGCUAAAGAUGCUGAGAUGCCCCUGGAUGCUCUGGUGAAGCAGUAUGCCGGGGCGUACGCCGACAGCUUUGACUGGCCUCAGCCCAGCCCUCAGAGUGAGGACGAGGAGGACAAGGAGGACACUGAAGGGACGGAGAGCCCUCUGGGAAGCCCCCACGAGGCUGUGCUGAUCGACUCGGUGCUCAGCGUGGACCAGCACAGCGCUGCAGAGAGGCCCAGCUCGCCUGGGGACCACGGGAAACCCAAGAGGGACAUAGCAGAGGUGGCGGCGGCCACAGACCUCAUCCUGCCCAAGGGCAGCGCCAGGACCACCUCAGCUGUCCGCUGCCAGGCCCCUGUCCUGCUGCAUGGCUCCCUGCGGGAGUACCAGCAGAUCGGAGUGGACUGGCUGUCUAGCCUUCACAAGAAGAACCUCAACGGUAUCCUGGCAGAUGAGACGGGGCUUGGCAAGACGGUUCAGACCGUGGCCUACAUGGCUCACUUGGCUGGGGAGGAGGGAAUCUGGGGACCCCAUCUGGUGGUGGUAAGGACCUGCAAGAUCUUGAGCUGGGAGAUGGAGUUCAAACGCUGGUGUCCCGGUCUGAAGAUCCUCCUGUAUCUGGGCAACCGACGGGAACGCAGGGCCAAGAGAACGUGUUGGGCGGAGGCCAACAGCUUCCACGUGUGCGUGACGUCCUACAAGCUGCUGCUGAAGGACCAGAGCCACUUCAUGCGGAGGAGGUGGAAGCACCUGGUCCUGGACGAGGUGCAGCUCAUCAAGAGCAUGUCAGAGAAACACUGGGAGACCGUCUUUGCCCUCAAGAGCCAGCAGAGGAUCCUCCUCAUCAACACUCCGCUGCAGAACACCCUGAAGGAGCUGUGGACCAUGAUCCACUUCCUGCUGCCUGGAAUCACACGGGCCUACUCAGACUUCCCUGUGAAAGCAGGCACCGACCAGAACCAGGACUACUGUCACAAACUGGUCAUCCGGCUGCACCGGAUGAUCCAGCCCUUCAUCCUGAGGCGCUCCAAGAGGGACGUGGAGAAGCAGCUGCCCAAGAAGUACGAGCACAUCCUGAAGUGUCGGCUGUCCGGACGGCAGAAGAACAUGUACGAGGACAUCCUCACCCAGACAGGAGCCCAGAAGGCGUUGAAGACGGGCCACUUUGUGAGUGUCCUGCAGGUGCUGAUGCAGCUGCAGAGGGUGUGUAACCACCCUGACCUGGUGACCUCCAGGGAGACCAGCAGCUCCUACGUCUGCUCCGCUCUGCAGUACCAUACGCCCUCGCUGGUGCUGGGGGCCCUGCAGGACGACCCCUGGAAGACGGUGGACCUGUCCCUGUUUGACCUGAUCAGCAACGAGCACCGUCUGACCCGCCACGAGGCGGAGAACGUGCUGCCCAAGCUGAAGAUGACCCGCCAGCUCAUCCAGGAGAUCCACAGCAGCCCGGACCCCCCGGCCAGACCCAAACCCUGCAAGAUCAAACCCAUGAGGUUGUUCCAGCCGGUGCAGUAUGGCACCAAGCCAGAGGGGCGUCUAGUCGUCAUCACCAGCGCCUCCCCCGCCCCCCCCACCACCUCCGCCGCCCCCACCACCACGGCCCCUGCUGCGUCCACCCAGCCGGCCCAGACCAGGGGCAAGUCCCCGGUCACCACCACCACCACCACCACCAGCAGCUCCCAGGGUGGAGAUGUGGUGAAGAUCGCCCAGCUGGCCUCCAUAGCGGGUAACCCAACCCGGGUGUCCCAGCCAGAGACCCCCGUCACCCUGCAGUUCCAGGGCAACAAGUUCACCCUGUCCCCCAGCCAGCUGCGUCAGCUGACGGCAGGCCAGCCCCUGCAGCUCCAAGGCAACAUCCUGCAGAUCGUGUCGGCCCCUGGCCAGCAGAUCCUGCGGCCGCAGGGCUCCAUGGUGAUGCAGACCGUACCCCCGGCUGUGCCCGCCUCCAACUCCUCCUCCACCCCCGGCACCCCUCCCCCCGCGCCCCCCUCGGCUCAGCCAGGUCCAGGGGUUAAUUCCAACUCCACCAUGACCACCACUCCCAGUGGCAGCUCCAAGCCUGCUGCCGGUGCGGCAGGUCCGGCCGCCCCACAGGAGUCGUCGGAGGAGAGGAGCCGCCACGUGGAGGAGCGUCUCGCCCGUCUGUUCAGCACCAACGAGCGUCGCUGUGGCAGGGGCGUCCUGUACGGUGCCGACCUGCUCCAGGCCUGCUGCGUGGCCCCUGGGGCCCCUCACUCGGCCCUCACCGCCGGGGGCUGGAGGUGGGUGGGCAGGGAGAGCUGUCACCGGGCCCAGAGGACCUGCGUCGCCACCACCACCCACCUCCAGUCCGCUCUCCUCUCCACCUCUGAUCGCCUGGAGGCUGGGAGGAGCCGCGUCCAGAGGUUAUCCUGUGUGGUACCGGCCACUGUUGCUCCUCCCCCUCAAAUGUACGCGGCCAAUCCCCCGGCUCCUUACAGCUUGGAGCAGAAAGCCCUGGUGCGCAGGCUCGCGGAGGCCGCCGCCCCCCACAGCACUGAGAUCCACCAGCUGACCUGUGGCCCCCUCCUCCAGUUCCCCGACCUGCAGCUCCUGCAGAUGGACUCAGGUAAACUGGAGGCUCUGGCAAUUCUGCUUCAGAAGCUGAGGUCGGAGAAUCGCCGCGUGCUCAUCUUCACCCAGAUGGUGAAGAUGCUGGACAUCCUGGAGGCCUUCCUGGACCACCGGCAGCUCACCUACGUCCGCGUGGACGAGAGCCUGACCCUGGAGGAACGCCAGGAGAACAUGAAAGCGUUUAACAGGAACCGCCAAGUGUUCUGCAGCAUCCUGACCAACCGCUGCUGCUCGGCCGUGGGCACCGUGUUUGACGCUGACACCAUCAUCUUCUACGACACGGACCUCAACCCCAGCAUGGACACCCGCACCCAGGAGUGGUGCGACAAGAUCGGGCGCUCCAAGGACGUGCACAUCUACAGGCUGGAGAGCGGGAACUCCAUAGAGGAGAAGCUUCUGAAGAACGGCACCAAAGAUCUGAUCAGAGAGGUGGCUGCCCAGGGCACCGACUACACCCUGGCCUUCCUCACACAGAUGACCAUCCAGGACCUGUUUGAGGUGGAGGCCGGCUCGGGGGAGAAGGUGGAGGAGUUUGUGGUGCUGCACCAGGAGCCGUCCCCCUCCGAGGCCAUCUCCCCACGCGUGGCCCGGCCCUACAUCCAGGCCCUCAGCAGCAUCAGCCUGGACGCCCCCCCACCGGAGGAGGAGCAGGGGGGCCGGGGGGGGCCUGAGGACCCCGGGGACGAGCUGGAGAAGGAGGCGCCGGUCAAAGACGAUCCCUCGCAGAUAGAGGAGCUCAAUGCUGUCAUGUGUCAGCUGACCCCCAUAGAGAGGUACGCCCUACAUUACCUGGAGUACGUCCACGUCGGUGACGAUGAAAGCCUUCUCAAGGAGCGUCUGGACUGGGUGAAGCGGGGCUGGGAGAUGAAGCACCUGCAGAAGCUGAGGUGUGAGGAGGAGGAGAGGCUGCUGGUGGAGGGAGAGGAGGACCUGUUCACCUACACCAGAGAGGACGCCUACAACAUGGAGUACGUGUUUGAUGCUGAGGAUGGCCAGACAGAGAUCAUGCCGCUCUGGACACCGCCCACCCCGCCCCAGGACGACAACGACAUCUACAUCGACUCUGUCAUCUGCCUGAUGUACGACUCUGCGCCCAUGCCCGAGUCCAAACUCCCUCCGGUCUACGUCCGCAAGGAGCACAAGAGGCUGAAGAUGGACCCGUCAGCAGGCAGGAAGAAGAAGAAGGGCCACGGGGAGACGGUGGUGCCUCCGCGCUCCCUCUUCGAGAAGGCCAGCAUGCUGAAGGUCCGCCGCGAGGGCAAGGACCAGAAGAAGAACUUCUCCCUCAAGCAGCAGGCCCCCUUCGCCAAGCCCCUGCCCUCAUUGGUCAAGCCGGCCAUGGAGGCGGGCCAGGACAACCCGGAGUGGCUAAUCAGUGAGGACUGGGCCCUGCUACAGGCUGUCAAGCAGCUCCUGGAGCUCCCCCUCAACCUGACCAUCGUGUCUCCCGCCCACACGCCCAACUGGGACCUGGUCAGCGACGUGGUCAACUCGUGCAGCCGCAUCUACCGCUCGCCCAAGCAGUGCCGUAACCGCUACGAGAACGUCAUCAUCCCCCGAGAGGAGGGCAAGUUGGUGUACGAGGCUAACCCCAAGAAGAAGACUAAGAGCAUCUACAAGUCGAAGAACAGCCGUCCCCUGAGAACCUGUCAGAUCUACACCCAGGACGACAACGCCACCCACUUCCAGCUCUACAACAGCCGCUUUGAGCUCAUGAAGAUCAUCGCCAGCAAGAGGAGUCCUCCCAUCAAACCUCUUUUGGGAAUGAACCCCUUCCAGAAGAACCCCAAACACGCGUCAGUCCUGGCAGAAAGCGGGAUCAGCUACGACAAGCCCCUCCCUCCCAUCCAGGUGGCCUCCCAGCGAGCCGACAGGAUUGCCAAGGAGAAGAAGGCCCUAGCAGAGCAGCAGAGGACCCAGCAGUUGGCCCAGCAGCAGCAGCAGCAGGCUGGAGCUCCCCAGGCUGCGGCCCAGGUCCAGGUGCAGGUCCAGGCCCCCAGCGUAGCCCUGGCCCCGGGGGUCGUCCAGGCCCCCACCGUGGCGGGGGUGGCUGCUGUGCCCAACACGGCCGUCCUGGCGGGGGCGAUCAAGAACGCUCCUGUCGGCACGACCAUCCAAGGGGCCACCAUAGGGGGGAAUGUGAUUGUGAACACUGUUCCUGGAGUUUCUCCAAGUCCCUUCCAGGCCAACAAGCGUCUGGCAUCACCAGUCAUCCCAGGCACUCUGUCUCCCGCUGGAACAGCCGCGGCCCAGGUGGUCCAAGCCCAGCAGAGGGCCGCCCCCGCCGAGGUGGUCGCCAUAACUACAGGCCAGGGCAUCAGGGCGGUUACCCCGGCGACCGGCUCAGCGGUGGUGUCCACCACCCUGAGCCCUGUCCAGACUCAGGCCCGCCCCCUGGUCACUCAGGUCACUCCAGCCCCAGGCAUGCACCUGGCCCAGGGGAAACCCAUCACCCCCACCCACCUGCACAUGUUCCGCCAGCAGCAUCAGAUCCAGCAGCAGCAGGCCACCUCCCCCCAGAUCAAGGCUGUGGGGAAACCCCAGGAGCUGCUGAAGCUGCAGAAACAGAAGCUGCAGGCCGCAGCCGUAGCAGCGGCCCAGAGCCAGCAGGCAGGAGCUGGCCAGGCUGCCGGCCAGGUCCAGCCGGUCCAGCCCGUCCAGGCCGGCCCCCAGCUGGCCUCCGUGGCCACGUCUAGGCCUGGCACCGUGCUGACCGGGGCCACCGUGGCCAACCUGCAGGUGGCCAGACUGACGCGUGUGCCCACUCAGGGUCAGAUCCAGACACAGGCAGCCCAGACCGCCCAGGUGACCCUGACCAAGCCCCCUGUGGUGUCGGUACCCGCCGUGGUCUCCACCGCUGGCGUCACCGUAGCUGGCAUCAGCGUGGCCAUAGGGCAGCCUAAAACAGGCGGGCCGGUGUUGACGCCCCCGUUCCCCCAGAUGCAGGUGCAGAAGGUGCAGCAGCUGCUGCAGAUGAAGCAGCAGGGGGCCCAGCAGCAGAAAGCAGCACAGCCCCAGCAGGGCCCGGCCGCCGCCCAGCAGAAGAUGGGUCCCCAGCAGGUGACCGUGCAGGCGGCCUCGCCCGCCCUGCAGCAGCAGAAGGUCACCUACACCACCACCACCCAGAUCCAGCCUGGCAUCAAGACCCAGUUCUUCACCACUCCCAUCGCCCAGGGCCAGAAGCCCACAGGGGCCCAGCAGCUCCAGGUGGCUAAACUCCCCCAGAUGGUGCAGCAGCAGCAGCAGCAGCCCACUUUGGCCAACAUCCAGCAGAUAGUGUCCUCUCCCCAGCAGCUCCAGACCCAGACGGUGGCCCUGACCCAGGCCUCGCCCUCGGCCCCGGCCCAGGUCCAGAUGUUCCCCGCGGGCGUCAACAACGCCCAGGUGAUCCAGCAGAAGCUGCUCCAGGCUGCCGCAGCCUCCUCUCAGAUCCAGAGCCCUCCGGCCAGCAGCCCGGCCCCCCAGGCCGCGGCGCCCCCCGCUGGAGACGCCCCCGCGCAGCAGCCCCCUGCCAAGGGCCAGGCUCGCUCCGCAGGGGCCCUCAGAGCCAAGACCCCAGCCAAGCCCAGUGGAGGCAGUAGCUAGGGAGGGCAGCUCUGUUGGAGCCCCCACCUUGUCAGUGUAAAUAGACUCCCAGAGGCAGGGCUUCCCAUCGAGGGGAGCCAGUGGGGCGGGGUUUGAGCCAGUGGGGCGGGGUUUGAGCCAGUGGGGCGGGGUUUGACCCAGUGGGGCGGGGUUUGAGCCAGUGGGGCUGGGUUUGAGCCAGUGGGGCUGGGUUUGAGCCAGUGGGGCGGGGUUUGAGACAGUGGGGCGGGGUUUGGCCCAGUGGGGCGGGGUUUGACCCAGUGGGGCGGGGUUUGAGCCGUCACCAGAGGUCGGUCCGUGUACAGCUCCGCUCCUGUAACACUGUCCUCUUCUCAGCUCGCCUGCAGUGUCAGCAGAUCUCCCCCCCCCGGUUUCGAAAGCUUCCCUCUGCACCAACGUGUCUGACUGCAAGAGCUGAUGAAGUACAAUUCAUAUCGUCAUCUUGAUGAAUAUAUUCCCUUUUUGCUGGGGGGGCCUAUUGAUUGGUGUGUAGCUAUUCUGGGGAUUGAGCUGUCCUAUAGAAUGAUGUUUAGUGUAUCCAUACUUUGUCCCCUGCCAACCCCCUCUCCCUCCCUCUCUCUCCCUCUAAGCCUCCCUUUCCCUCUCUCUCCCCCUCUCCCCCUCCC